UAGCUACAUGAUGCAAUAGUAAGCUAUCAUAGCGACCAAGUUUGCUGAUAACUGCAAACUAGGCUACGCAGGCUAGCUAGCAUCAUUCUGCAUCGCAGCUAACAACUGUUGUCAGUUCAGAGUCACACGUGUUUCCACAACAUGGCAGCUAGCACACAUCAGCAAUUGCCGUGCCAGUCAUAAGUGAAACUACGCGCAGUUACAUUACAGUACAGCAAAUGGCAGAUGUUCACAUCCCAUUAUCUGCCUCUCCACAUCUGAAUGAGGAUAAUGACACGGGCGGGGGGAGUAUCAUUACAGAAGACAAAGUGGAUGGAGUAACAUCUGGUAAAGGAAAAGCAGAUGGGGGUGGAGAGGAAGAGGAGGGCUCCGACCCAAACAUGUACCGCUACAUCAAAGAGGACCUGUUUACAUCGGAGAUCUUCAAAGUGGAGAUCCAAAAUUUACCGAAGUAUAUCGGUUUUAACGACGUGAAGAAGUUCCUGGCCAAGCAUGGCGUCAACCCUCACAAGAUCAAAAUGUUUGGGAAGCAGCCAUUCGCCUUCGUCACCUUCAAAAACGAGGAGGAGCGGGACAAAGCCAUGAAGAUGCUGCACGGGAUGCAGUGGAAGGGACGGGCACUGAGCGUGCGGCUGGCCAAGCCCAAGGUCGACCCCAUACUCAGGAAGAGGAGGCAGGACGAGACGGAGGGGUCAGGGCAGCCCCCGUCGAAACGGCAGCAGGAGGCAGAGGAAGACGAGGUACCUUUCAGCACCCAGAUCGCCAAUGUGGUGACCCCCCUGUGGAAUGUGCCCUAUGAGGAACAACUACAGAGGAAACAGCAGGCGGUAGAGGGGGUGCUGCAGAGCCUAUCGAGAGAAAUAGGCUUCACCAACAAGGAAAUGCUAGCCUGGCUGUACACGCAGCGAAACAAGCACAACAACAUGUGUUGUCCCCUGGAAACCAUCAGACCAUCACCCUUACUGACUGAGUACAGGAACAAGUGUGAGUUCCUCAUCUCUAUGGGGGCAAACGGCGAGGAUAAGACGGUGGGUUUCCGACUGGGGAAGUACAAAGGAGGCUCCUGUGCCGUGGUGGGCCCCUCCGACUCCAUCCAUGUGUCAGCCAGGGCCAAGAGAGUGGUCAGCGAGGUCCAGAAAUUCAUCAGGACAACAUCUUACGCGGUGUACAGCCCUGAGACUUACGAUGGGCACUGGAAGCAGUUAACCGUGAGGACCACCAGGACCGACGAGGCCAUGGCCAUGGUGUUUUUCAACCCACAGAAACUUGAGGAGGCUGAACUCGACGGCCUCAAGAACUCGCUGAGGCAGUUCUUCACGGAAGGGUUAGGGAAAGAAAGUGGGUUAAACUCUCUGUACUUUGUGAGAGAGGGUCAAAGGACCUCCCCGAACCCCGAAGACCUGCCAUCAGAGCUAGUAUUCGGGAAGGAGUACAUCUACGAAGAGCUUCUCGGUCUGAAAUUCAGGAUCUCUCCUCAUUCCUUCUUUCAGGUGAACACUGGUGCUGCGGAGGUUCUGUACUCGACAGUGGGGGAGUGGGCCCAGCUGGACCAGGACAGCACCGUGCUGGAUGUGUGCUGUGGGACCGGCACCAUCGGCAUAUCUUUAGCAAAGAGGGUGAGGAAGGUCAUUGGAAUAGAACUGUGCCAGGCAGCAGUAGAGGAUGCCAAAGUGAAUGCCCAGAUUAAUGGUCUGACUAAUGUGGAGUACCACUGCGGCAAGGCUGAGGAUGUGUUCCCCAGCGUGCUCAACGCUCUGGUGUCCCCCAACGUCACGGCCAUCGUGGAUCCACCCAGAGCUGGCUUACAUUCCAAGGUGAUUCUGGCCAUCCGGAGAGCGGAGCACCUGAAGAGGCUGGUGUACGUGGCGUGCAACGCCAAGGCGGCCAUGACCAACUUCAUAGAUCUGUGCAGAGCUCCUUCCAAGCGGGUACGUGGGUCUCCCUUCCGUCCCGUGAGAGCCAUGGCUGUGGACCUCUUCCCCCAGACCAUGCACUGUGAGAUGCUCCUGCUGUUUGAGCGGGUGGACUACAGCUCCCAGACCACCAGCAAGGAAGAGACUACAACCCCCGCGGAGAAACAGGAAGAGACAACCAGCACGUCUUAAUGUAUCAAUAGCAGUUCAUCUUUGUUAGCGAGCAUGUGACAGCGUUUUUGUCAAGGGUAUGCAGUCUUAUGUUGACGCUGAUAUGGCGAUAAUCUACUAUA